UAACUUGUCUCGCGUUGAAAUACCCGACGAUAUGUUGCUGUCGCAGAAGACAUUGAAUGACUUCUUGGCUUAUUAUCCUGAAAUUGCUGAUGAACUUGAGGCAAAAGCGGCGACAAUUGACGGCACUGGCAGUGGAAAACACUUGCGAAGGGUUCUAGACUACGUGAGUGAAGGUGGAAAGAAAUAUGGCGGCAUUAUGGUCACUGAGACAUGCAAAAUGCUGACGCCCAAUUUAACACCGGAGAAACUGAAGCAAGCUUACUACCUUGGAUGGGCAGUGGAAGUUCUUUUCGACGGCAUCAACAUGUGUGACGAUAUAUUAGAUGGCGGUCACACAAGAAGGAAUAAAACAUGUUGGUAUCGCUUGGAAGAUGUGAAAAUGAGUGCCGUGAACGAUUCUUGCUUGCUUCAAACCGCAGCAUUUUAUCUACUCAGAAAACAUUUCGGCCAUCUUGAAUGCUUCCCGCGUCUUUUGGAUAUCGUAAACGAAACAAUGUUCAUCACGUAUAUGGGCCAACAUCUUGAAAUUUCCAGUGCGCACAAUUUCAAGAAAAUGACGAUAAAGAAUUAUGAGGCCAUCGCGGCCAGAAUCAGCUCCAACAUUAUCGGCUUCUUUCCAGUCGCCAUGGGAAUGACAUUGGCUGGCUACAAGGAUUCAGAGCUGGGCAAGGCUCGCUCGAUUCUCACUGAAUUGGGAUACAUUGUCCUGAUUGAGAACGACUUCUUGGACUGCUUCGGCGACCCGAAGAUCACCGGGAAGGUCGGAAGGGACAUUCAGGAGGGAAAGUGUCGCUGGAUGGCGAUCGCUUGUCUGGAGCACGCAACGCCGGCUCAGAAGGAAAUCAUGCUGGCUCACUACGGACGAGACACGCCCGAAGAUGAAGCCAUCAUCAAGCAGCUGUAUUUGGAUGUAAAAGUGCCCGAAAUCUAUGCGGCAUAUUUUAAGGAAGUUUACAAUCGCAUGAUGAAGAAUGUCGAAGAAAACUCGUAUGGCGAUUUGAAGAAGGUUUAUCUUAAACUGAUAAACGAUCUAACUGUGUCAACAGCUGCCGGAGGAUUCUAUUCUUAGCACAAUUUUUUUUGCCUUUCAGAGCUUUACGGCCACAGGCAUUUUUGCCCAUAUGGCCUCCUUAGCACAAUUAAGUCUUGGUAUAUUUAUCAAAUAUUCAAUUGAAUAAUAAA